AUGGCUGUAAGCGGUGCAAACCUGCACAACGUCUUCAUGCUGCUCACUCUUGAACCCCACCUUGCUAGAAACCCAUACCUGGUGCUCCAUGUGCGCAGAAACCAUUUAGUGAGUGACACUCUGCGUGAGCUCACCAUGUACUCCGAUGUGGACCUCAAGAAACCGCUCAAGGUGAUCUUUGACGGUGAGGAGGCUGUGGACGCAGGUGGAGUGACUAAAGAGUUCUUCCUGCUGCUGUUAAAGGAGUUGAUGGAUCCUGUUUAUGGGAUGUUCACUCAUUACAAAGAGUCAAACCUGCUGUGGUUCUCAGACACUUGCUUUGUGGAGGAGAACUGGUUCCACCUGGUCGGGAUCAUCUGCGGUCUUGCCAUCUAUAACUCCACGGUGGUGGACCUGCACUUCCCCCUGCUUCUCUACAAGAAGCUGCUGGAUGUUUCACCCUCACUGGACGACUUUAAAGAGCUCUCCCCCACCGAGGCCAGAAGUCUACAGGAACUUCUGGAUUAUGAAGGAGAUGUGGAGGAGACAUUUCUGCUGAACUUUUCUAUCACCAGAGAGAGUUAUGGGAUGAUGGAAGUCAAAGAGCUCGUACCUGGAGGUCAGAGCAUCGCUGUGGACCAGAACAACAG